GUACCUACAGUUACGUACGUGGCGUCAAUCUGGGCAGCACCUUAUGCUCAGCAAACUGUAACUCUUUCCUAUUUUAACCACGUUGGAAACCGUGUCUAUUCGCGCAUGACUACAAUGCUAGUGCUUGCUUGCUAUAUGCUAUGCAACAGAUAGGAAAACUUCUUGGCGAUUUGCUAGAAAGGAGUACAGCCGAGAAAUGAGAUGGGCGGACUUGCCUGCAUAGGGAUGCAUAGCCGGUACCGUUAUGCGCUCCUUGUUUUAUGCAUUGUCAGCGUCAGCUAUGCGAGUGGGCGCGGACUGCUGGGCGUCGCCGAUGACUCGGUCCGCAGGGAUAUACUCUUUGAGCUUUACCUCUCGACGGGUGGACCGUAUUGGAACCCCCAGCCAACGCGUUGGGGAACAUCGUCGCAGUCGUGCACCUGGGAAGGCGUCACUUGCUGCGCACCCAACCUUUCUACCGACUCAAACAGCACCUACAGCCUAACCUAUACAGCAGCGGGGCUCACUCUGCCAUGCUCCCAAGAGGGUCAGCUGAUGGCCCUGGAGCUGCGGGGCCGCAACUUGAGCGGCCUGCUGCCGGCUGCCGCGCUCUCGCAGCUGGCGCCGCGGGUGCUAGAUCUGGCGGACAAUCCCGGGCUGGGGGGCGCCCUCACAUCGGAGCUGCUGUUGCUGGAGGGGCUGGUGCAGGUCGACGUUCGAAACACCUCUCUGACAUGCCCGACUGUAACCUCACCAACUUCCGCCGGGGUUAACGGCACAACAACAGCUUACAACGGAGGCAAUGGUACGACGGCAGAACCGGCAGUAGCAUCAGAAGCGGUAGCAGCGGUGGUAGCAGCAGGUUCCUGCCAGCUUCCUUUGUCUUACAUUGCCUCUCCGGCAAGCCUAACGUACAUUGCAACCACCGGCACCGCCACAGCGGCUAACUCCGCAGGUGCUGUGUACGUCUUCCCGCCGGGCACCACUUAUUCGUGUCCGUUGUUCUUGUACAGCACCUUAACCACCACCUCCGAAACCAUUGCCACUACUGCUACUACUACUACUACUACUACCUCCAACGCUACCAACGCCACUGCCGCUGCGGGCAGCACUGCCAACGCAACCACUGGUGGCGUCAACAGCGACAGCGCUGACAUUAGCAGCAGCAGCGCCGACAGCAGCAGCAGCGUCUACGAACUGUCCGUCUCUGAUCCCUUCACGGAGCUGGCGCCGAAUGGGGCCACAAUCCUUCUGUCCGAUCCGAGCAUGUGGCUCUUCCAGACGUGCGUUUGUUUGAGGCUUCCAAACGGCUCGGCAGCGGCAGCGCAACCGCCGACGCUGGUAGCUGAUGGUAGCGGCUCAAUGGUAGCUAUGUGUACAGCAGCGACGGCGGCGAUUGCAGAUGUGUUGUCGUACAAGGAAACUAGCAGUAGCAGCGGCGAGGGCAAUGGUAGUAGUGGGAAGGGAACGGUAACCCUCUCCGUCGGCUCAUUGGCCGGCAUCAUCGUCGGCGUCUCCGUCGGCGCCUUUACAUUCGCUGCCGUAAUGUUACUCGUCCUUUGUUGUGUACGACAUGCGUAUCGUAUUCGUCGUGCACAUCACCAUAGUUACACCAACCGCCGCCGCCGUGUUGCCGUACGGGGAGGGGCUCCAUCCCGCCGAGCUGCAGAGGCAGCAGAAGCGUACGGCAAUGGCGGCAAGAGUUGGUUGGGACGGUUGUGGCAGUUGUGUGUAACGGUGCUUGACGGCACUGAUAUGGCAGGGUUGGUGUUUGAGGAUCGAAGCACCUACGGCGGCGGAGGCGGAAGUAAGUCGUACGGCAAUGCAGGAGGUGGCGGCGGCGGCGGGUUAAGGCUAUCGGAGGAUGCUGCGUCGCAGUCGUCGGCGCUGCCGCGGCGGCAGAUGCCUGGGAGUCAGUUUGAAGCGAAGCGGUCUCGGCCGCCAGGUGCACAUCCAGAGAUGUUUGGUCAGGAGGUCUGUCUGGUGGCUACAGACGUGGAGGGCAGCACGGAGUUGUGGGAGUGGCACCCGGGGGUGAUGAACACGGCGUUGGCGCUGCAUGACAGGCUGGUGCGCCUGACCAUGGCAGCCUGCUGCGGUUACGAGGUCACCACGGAAGGUGACGCCUUCCUGGUUGCCUUCCACGACCCAGUAGACGCCGUCCGCUGGGCUCUGUUGCUGCAGUCCUCGCUGCUUAAACUCGACUGGCCGCCGCUGCUGUUAGAGCACCCGCUGUGUCGGCCGCGACCCCUCGUUCCCGUCGCCUGCGUCACCGCCGCCUCCUCUGCCCCGGGAAUCCACCACCUCCAAAGCCAUAAUCCCCACCACCCUCACGCGCCAACCCAUGCUACCGCACAGCACCAGCAACAUUCUGGGAACGGACCCAUGGGUCAGGCUCAUCAUGACACGUUGGCCUCGCCGCUACUGGUCCUGUUCAAAGGGCUUUCCGUACGCAUGGGCAUUGCAACCGGCGUGCCAUCUGCCGUACGGGAGCACCCUGUGACGCGGCGCAUGCAGUACACGGGUGCCGUACUUCGCCUGGCGACAGGGAUUGCCGAGCUCGGCAGCGGAGGUCAGGUGCUGCUGGAGCCGCUGACAUUCAAGGGCAUUCACAACAAGUUUGAGGAGUUGGAUGUGGAGGAAAGCGAGGUGCAAGAGCUCGUGGAUUUGGUUCGUGCCCAGUUCUCGGAGGAGGAGUUCGCCACCGCCACUCCCGCCCUGCUGGAAACCCCAGCUGCAGCUGCUGCUCCUCCCCUGCUCACGUCAACCACCUCUAUGACCCUAGCAACACCACCACAGCAGCAGCAACAACAACAGCCCCAGGCUUCUCAACAAGCGCAACCACAGCAGCAAGCACCCUUCCAGCCUCUUCAGCCCCUUCCAGACCACCUUCCGCCCCCUCAUCGUCAUCUCCACCAGGUGCCCUCCUUGUCCCUGCCCCAAGUCACUUUCCACACGGAUGUUGUCGGCAUAGAUGGCAGGGCGCUCAUCACUCCCUUCGGCGCUGAGCCCCCUUCGGCGGCAGUGCAGCUGCAGCCUCCCAACCGGCCCGUUAGUCAGCAACACAAAAGAGAUGUACGGCGGGGGGCAUGGUCCAACGCCAAGCCUUCGCGCCGGGAAAACAGCUUCAGCACGGCCUCGACGUUCUUGCUCGAACACACGACGGCUAGCAGCAUGCACCCAACGUCGCACGCGGUUGCGGGGAUGGCGCCGGGAGCUAGCAGCGGUCAGUUACCAGUGGCGGCGAUGACGCGGCAUGGAGCUGUAUCGACGGCGGCGCCUCCGCCGCCGCUACAGCCAGCUCUUUCGUUGCCGCCGCCUCCGCAACAACAUCACCAGCGUCGUCCUUCACCUCCUCAUGCGCACCGCACCGGACUAGGAGGUGGAAGCGCCAGCACGGAACCACCUUCCGAGGCCUCCACCGGCGCCGCGGCGACUUCAAAUCUGCCGCUGACGUCAAGCAUUGCUAGCGUCCCGAGCAGUGGCAUGUACGGCAUUCCGCCGCUCCAGAUGGGCAAUCCUGGCGGCGGCAUUGCAGCGACUGAGCUUACCGGACACCAGCAGCAGUCCCCGCCCUUGGAGCUUGGAGGGCCCCGAUCUUCAACCCCCAGUGCUCCGUCGCUAACGUUUGGCGGCGGCGGCGGUGGCGGCGGCGGCGCACCGGCCGUGGGUGGAAGCGUCGGCGGUAUGAUGCCUCUAGGACCGGCGGCGGCGGUGGCGGGACACACGGGUCAAAGCUGUGGCGGUGUGAGCUUGCACGGUUCCAUGCUUCGGUUCAACGCUGGGGCUAGCUACCACCCGAUGGUCGGUACAAGGCAUGUGGCUUCAAGUUUUGGCGGCGGCUAUCGCCCGUCGUUGUCGUCUCUUGACCUUCUGCUGACAUCGUCCCUCGGUGCUGCCGCGACGGCGUUGUCGCCUGGCCCCGUACAUACACCGGCUCGGAACACACACCCGCGUGGGUCAAACACCACGUCAGCAUGGCCUCAGGCCUCCGCCAAUACGGCAACUGCCUCCGCCUCCGCUACAGGCAAUCCAAACCACCUCCAACCGACAACUAGCGGUCGCUGUACGACAGCAACGACCACGGCAGGCGGCGAGUUUAGCUUGCAUGGCGGCAUUGGCAUUGGCGGCGGCGGCGGUGGCGGCUGUAGCAGCCACCAACACCAUCGCGGGCAGUACCACCGCCACCAGCAGCACCAUCCUGCGUUUUAUUUCCGCCGUGCCUUAACGGGUGCGAACCUGGGCAUGAACUUGGAGAUUAACUGGGAGCCGACACCAACGGUAACCUUUAUGCCAACCGAAGCCCGGAGGUAUGUCCAGCCGUCAAUCGACGGCCAGCAUGCAAACACGGCACCGACCAUAAUCGACACGGUUAUGCCUGAUACGGCACUUCCCGAACCCCGUCUAGACUUUUCGUCUGGUCCUCUACCUCCCGCCGCCUCCGUCUGCACCGCCGCCAAUGCGCCCAGUGCUAGCGGCGCCAGCGUUUUCACUGCAAUGGCAACGGGAACACCGGCGACGGUAACAACCGCCGGAGAUAUUGCCUGUUUUGUCGCAGCAGAGAAAGGCGCUGAGGAAAGGACCGCCUCUGCGGGUGAGGACGCACCCCUCGGCAUGGCCUCUACCGGGCUCAUUCAGGAUGGCCACGGCCAGCUGAAUCCGCAGCAACCGGCUUUGCAUCAACAGCUGAGGCGGGAUCAACAACAGGGGCAAGAGCAAGAGCAGCAACCCCAGUACCCAGCGGCCGACGGGGGAAUGUACUGGGGCAGCAUGGAAAGUGAUUGCCCCAGUUUUGGAUCAGUCUUGCGUCGACACGGCAUUCGUGUUAGCAGCAGCACAACGGCGAGUACGGCGGGGCCAGUGGCCGAGGGGAUGGAGCAUGACGAGGUUCCCGCUGGGAGGAGUGGUACGACAAGCAGUCCCCGUCAGCCCGGCGGAGGACGACGCGACAGUCGGCUGUACGAGCGACUCAGUGACGAGGCCAUUGCAGCCGCCGCUGCCGCCAGUGGUGGCGGGUUGUACUGCGGCGAUCGAAGCCGUCAGUUGGCUCUAGGAACUUCCCCGCCUGGUGUGUCUAUUGCCUCGCUUGGCGCCGCCACUGGAUUCGGUCCCGUCGAGGAGCCUGCUGCCGCCGAGUGUUCAGGAAAUCAGGGUGGCCGGCCCAUUGCCCAAGAGAGUCCUAUUAAAAUACGGCACCCCAUACCAGCCAGUGUCCCCGCUUCUGGAAGAAACGCUGGCAGCGGCGUCGCAGGGCGGCUGCCCAGCAAUGCCCUUCAGCAAUCUCUACUUGAUCUAGGCAAGAGGACGCCGUCCGGCGGACUUACCUUCACCCCUGGCGGCACUGCCGCCGCCGUCGGCGGCGGCGUUGACCGGUCAAUGCGGUCGUCGUCGUCACUCGCCGCACCGUUGCAGCCGUUACAUCGCCUUGCAAGUGUGUCUAGUGCGCGCGACGACGGCACGAGCGACUCAUACUCCGGGGGAGCGGCGGCGGCGGUGGCGCUGUCGUUAGCGCCGACAUUGACGAACGCCACGGGUUUACCUUCGUACCCAAUUUCUUCACGACAGAGGGCAUUUGCAUGGCCAUCAUCUUGGGAAGCUCAGUUGCCUGGCGCCAGCGCAGCCGUCGACCCCGGCAGGGUAAGGUUCAGUGAGGGGCCACGGCCGCCAUCAUUAAUUAACCCCGGUGUCGGUGGGGGAUGGGAUGUCAAUAGCGACGAAAGCGCCGACAAUGGCGGCGGCGGCGGUGGUGGCGGCCAAACGCAGCAGCAACAGCAGCAUAGCAACUCAGGCAACCACACACAAAACGGUUCCGACACGCCCCAGCUUGCUGCUUCUCCUUUUGACGCCGUUAUAGCAGAGAUGUGCGACGCAACUGCUGGCGGAGGUGACAUCGGCGGCGGCAGUGAUGCUGCGGAUCCCAAUCUCCCGCAGCCGUCACUGUCAUUGCCGUACAGCUUACCAUCGUUGGCUCUGGGCUCUGAUAUGACCCUGCAGCUGCAGCCAGCGGCAGCCCCCGGGAAUCCGGUUGCCGUCGCCGACGUGGCAGCGGCGGCGGAGCUGACGCUGUGCGGCUGCUCAGGCGCCGCCGCUGACGCCGACGCAGCUGGCGGCGGCGGCAAUUGGCGAGCGGUGUCCACAGCUGCAGGCAGGAACCGCACGGCAGAGAAUUGCCUGCUGGGAGGAGGAGGAGAAGAGGGCGGAAUGCCGCCGCCGCCUGAGACCUCGGGUGACGUACACGAGAACCCAUCAAGCUCCCUGGACAGCCUUGCGAACAUGGUUGGGCUGCUUGGGGGACCCUCGGGGAUGCCGGCGGAACAACACGUGGCUGACAUUUGGCGCAGGAGUGAUCCGAACGUGGCGGGCACGCAACGAGAUGAGCAAGGUUUGGUCCAGUCCAUGUCCCGCAUGCUUGUCAUCGGCAGUCCGUCCACUCGCAUGGAGACUGACAUGACCCGUGGGUCAAACGCCAACGCUGUGAUGGUAGUCCAAGCACCCCGGCUUCUGGCGCUGCGGUCCACAAUGGGGAUACAGGCAACCGGGUCUACAGCGAACCGGGCCGCUAAGGAAGCACUGGACUUGUCAAUGGCGCAUGGAUCGGACGAUAAAGACGAUGACGCGUCGUCCGGAGAAUCCACACCCCGCGGCGGCGUCGGCAUGAGCAGCGGUCCCUCACCCGUGCUACUCCCCUCCACGACCCAUGGGUCACUCUCCCGCAUGCAAUCACCCCGACGUGCCUUGCACAGCGGAACCCGUGGCGGCGGCGGCCUUCUGCACGACCUAUUGCAGCGAAUGCCCUCGACGAGUAUACGACAGGGCAUCGAGCUCAUGGCUCGCAGUCGACGAAUGCUCUUGCCGUACAGCGAGGAUGGCGAUCGUGAUGAGGGACGCAGUGGCGGCGGCAGCGGCGCGCCAGGAUCGACAGCGGGCCGAGUGGUGGCAAUGUCGUCCGGCGGUACUCGUCGGCUUGGUUCGGACGCAUUGGCUGCGGCGGCAUCGUCCAAUGGAGGUGGAGCGUCAGACGCGUCGCCAGCGCUGCUGUCGGGGGCGAAUGCGGUGUCGGCGACGGUUGGUACGGCAGGCGGCGCCGAGGUUAGCAUUGUCGUUGGGGCAAUUGGCGACGCGCCGACGGACGCCUACCGCGUCGACAUGGCCGCAGAGCAGUUCAGGUCCAAGGGACGCAACAGCAAGCGUGCUUUCAUCAAGAGCCUGUCGGCUCGACGCGCGGCCGCUCGUGUUCCGUUAGUCGUUGUUGGGGGAGAGUUACCGUCACGCACCAGUUCAAGAUUGCGUUUAAGAGGAUCGCCUACCAGGAUUUUGGCAAACACUGGUGGAAGCGGAACUGCAGCAGGGGCGGCGGCGGUGGGGACGUCGUCGGCAGCUGCUGCGGCGGUGUCGGCGGCGGCUGCGAGCGGAAGUCGCAGCAGCGCUAGCCAUUCGCUGGUGGUUGUGGAUAUGGGCGUGCAUCGGUUGAAGAUCUCUGCUCUGGGAGCGGCGUACGGAGAUUUAUACGACGGUGUACAGGUCAUUCAAAUCCUGCCCGCGCACCUCAAGCAUAGAGCCGCGUACCACCCGCCCCUCAAGUCCCAAGCUCAGAUAGCUCCGGGCUUCUUCGACGCUCCGGGGGCCGCCCAGGCCCUGCUGCCCUGCGCCCCGGGCGAGGCCCCAUCCUUCCCACGUCUCUCGCUCAUGUUCAUUCAACCAGCUGGCUACUCGGCCGUUGCCAACCGCAACUUCGCAGUGGCUGAGCGCAGCGGCGCCAUCUUCUGCGCGGCUGUACGAGAGGUACUGCAGGUCCUAGGCGUGUACGAAUGCCAGGAGUACGAAUGCACGUUCAUGGUGGCUUGCCGUGACCCACGGGUCGCUGCGGAGACGGCGUUGGCGCUACACGAGUGGCUGCUGCAGGCUGACUGGCCUACGGACUUGCUGGAGGAGCAUCCGGAAGGGCGAGUGCAGCUGUCCGAAGAUGGGCGGCCGUUACUAAGGGGCUUCCGCGCCAAGGUGGGUAUCUUCACGGGUGUGCCGCUGACUGUGGUGCCGCACGCCACCACGGGUCGAGCAGACUACUUCGGAGCGCUGGUGAAUCGCGCAGCUCGGCUGAUGGCGGGUGCCAAGGCGGGGCAGACCUUAAUCGACAAGACAUCGGGCAUCGAGGUACUAAAGGAGUGGCGGCAGAUGGCUUGGAACCACACCACAGCCGCCACUGCUGCUGGGGUUCCUGCUUCGUCUUGGAACAGCCCAGCGUUACACGACGACGCUGUGCACCUCCGGGCCGCGGAUCGGCCCCGCCGCGCCAGCUACGCUAGCGGCACGAGCUCUCCAGCACGACCCACGGGUCGCUCUGUCGGCCCUCGAGUGCCGGUUCACCCGGUACGAGGGCCCUCUUCCACCACCACCACCGGCGGCGGCGCUAACGUCACCAUCACUGGCGCCAGCAUCCCCGCCGCCGCUGGAACGGCAGCCGCAGGGGCGGCGCCGCUGCAGCCACCGCCGAUGUCGCCUACCGUCAGCCCUCCUCCUGAAGGCGUUCAAACCCACAUCCAGGCAGCAAACCUAAGCACAGGCAGCAACUUUGAGCAUCAACAGCAGCAGUCCCUUUUGCAGCUGCGGCCUGCGGCUUCUCAGCCGGUCGAAUGUUUGCUUCUGCCGCUACAGCAUCAGCCGGGGGCACCGGCACCCCGAGCACCUGCAGCUUUGACGUCUGCAACACCCGCGGCUGCAGCAGCGGAGGCGGCACCUACGGGUGCUCCCAGCGCCGCGGCCCCCGCCGUUGCUGCUGCCACGGCCUCCCCUACGAUGCUGACAACCCAAGCCUCCACCUGCACCGCCGCCUCUUCCUCCGCUGCAGCCACCCCUCUGCAUGGUCCCAUGCUCUUAACCCCAGCCACAACCACGGUGACUGAGGACGAGGCCGGAGGGCCCCUCAUGCACGGUCGCGCGCAUGCUGAAGCCCUAGUGAGCAGGCUCUCCCCCGCCAACUGCCCUAAGCUCUCCCAUGCGCACGCCCUAGCAACCGUGACGUCCUCCCCGGGCCCCUCGUCCCCACCGCUGCCGUCACAGCAGCAGCCCCACCAGCAUCAGCAGCCUCCACAGCAGCUGGUGCAGCUUCUGCUGCAGCAGCAACAACAACAGCAGCAGCUGCUAGCAGCACGGCAGUUAACCGGGGCUGCGGGCUUUAUGGCCGGGAGCUUUUCUGUAGGGCCAUCCGGCGGUGCCGGUAUCAUGGCUGGGACGACAGCAACCGUACCUGCCGUACAGCAGGCCAGUCCUGUGCCGGCUCCUGAUUGG